CCUGCUUCCCUAGCUUAGCGCCUCCCCCCUUGCCCGAAGGUGCUUGAGCGGGAGGAGCUUGAAGAUCGGAGCCGGGCAAGUAGCGAGGGCGGCUGCAGGCGCGGGGCCGGUGCCAUUGGGAGUCCGGCGGUGGCCACCAUGAGCGCAGGCGGCUCAGAAGCGGUGGUGCUUGUUUCUGCUGCAAGAACCCCUGUCGGUUCCUUUAAUGGUGCCUUGUCCACAAUUCAUGCCCAUGAACUGGGCUCUAUUGUCAUUAAAGAAGUACUGCAGAGGGCAAAUGUCAAUCCGGAAGAAGUAUCUGAAGUUAUAUUUGGACAAGUCUUGACAGCAGGCGCUGGUCAGAAUCCUGUACGACAAGCCAGUGUUGCUGCAGGAAUCCCAUAUGCAGUACCAGCUUGGAGCUGUCAGAUGAUAUGUGGUUCAGGCCUAAAAGCAGUAUGCUUGGGGGCUCAGUCCAUACUGACAGGAGAUUCGAGCAUUGUGGUGGCAGGAGGCAUGGAAAGCAUGAGCAAGGCUCCUCAUUUAGUUCAUAUGCGAGCUGGAGUGAAAAUGGGGGAGGCCUCUUUGCAGGACAGUAUAAUCAAUGAUGGUCUUACAGAUGCUUUUUACCAUUAUCACAUGGGUAUAACAGCUGAAAAUGUGGCCAAGCAGUGGCAAAUUAGCAGACGAGAACAAGACCAAUUUGCUGUACAGUCACAGAACAGGGCAGAGAGUGCACAGAAAGCUGGCUACUUUGAUAAAGAGAUUGUUCCUGUUCUUGUGCCUUCUAGGAAAGGUCCUGUAGAAGUUAAAGCAGAUGAGCAUCCUCGCCAUGGAAGCACCCUAGAAACAGUAUCAAAGUUAAAGCCUUGCUUUCUGACAGAUGGAACUGGAACAGUAACUGCAGCAAAUGCCUCAGGUGUGAAUGAUGGAGCUGCAGCUGUAAUUCUUAUGAAGGCAUCUGAAGCAGCUAGAAGAGGUCUUACUCCAUUGGCGCAUAUUGUGUCCUGGGCUCAAGUGGGUUUAGAGCCAUCCAUCAUGGGAAUAGGACCUGUCCCCGCAAUAAAGAAAGCUGUUGACAAAGCAGGUUGGACACUGGAACAAGUUGACUUGUUUGAAAUUAAUGAAGCAUUUGCAUCACUAGCUGUAGCAAUAACUAAAGAACUGAAAUUGAAUCCAGAGAAGGUUAACAUCGAAGGUGGAGCUGUUGCUCUUGGUCACCCUCUGGGUGCCUCUGGUGGUCGUAUUCUUGUUACGCUUCUGUACGCACUAGAACGAACAGCUGGAAAACGUGGUGUUGCUGCUCUUUGUAUAGGAGGGGGAAUGGGAAUAGCUAUGUGCAUUGAAAGAUGAACAUAGUUCAGUCCCCUCCCUGCCUAUGUGCACCAAGUUAAAGCUUUCAGCUUGCUAAUAAAGCUAUGCUAUUUAGACAAGA